GCGUUAUACCAUCGUAGGCCAAAGGUGAACCAGGGCGAAGCGCCCACCGACGAACCACAAGUCGGCGCUUAUAACUGUUCAACGUUGCUGUCACCUCUCUCAUUGGCUUCUAUUUCCCGUACAAGCAUAUCACCAUGCACACUUGUGAUUGACCUGCAGCCGCCCUCCCGACACCAUUUGGGGGUGUUGGCGCCCAUUUCCUUAAAAAUGGCCGACCGACCGCCAACUCCUCUCAUAUUUGAGCUGUUUCGCGAUCCGAUGUAAAAUACUAGCCGGCCUGCUGGUUCCCAGCGACGCGAUAUCAGCCAGCUUCGCGAAAUCUGCGCAUUUAGCCGACUGGUGUAGAUUCGGUUUUUUUUUCUUCUUCACCAGUUCUAAAGAACCAACCGGAUUCUCUUAGAGCCGCAGCUAAGAGAUCCUUCGCGGCGCGGUCUGUUUCACUAUGGGCUAUAAACUUUUACAUCGAAAAUGGAGGUCGACGAGGGGCAUGUAUUAUAUGAUGAUUCCAGAGCUGUUGGGAACCGUAGGGGCAUUAGUUGUCACAGCCCUCGCUCAGCCAGAUCUAUACCGAACUAAGCUCUGGCGAGCCGGCAGUGAACUGGGCUUCAACUCGAGUCCUAGUGUUACCCUAUGGGCGUACGCCAACUACGAGCCGUUACCGAAAAUACCGCUCGUAUGGUCGCAAACAUUGACCGAUUUCAACGUCGCAAUAGCUGUUCUCAGUCUAUUCCUCCUCCUCACAAAGCUCAUAGCGUUUAUUAUGCACGUUUGGUACCCAAUUCUUGCAAUGUUCAUCAAUAUCGCACUUCUGGCACUCUACGCGACGAGUAUAGCUGGUCAGGCGGGAUCAGACUACCUCGACCCAGACCACCCAAGCCCAAUAGCCUGGUAUAUCGCCAAGCCAUGUACCGUAGCAGCGAAUCAGACUAUACAGGGCUACUGCAAAUUAGCGAAGGGUUCCUUUGCCGUAGCAUGCAUCAUGCUCGGUAUCUACGUUAUUAACCUGGGUAUGAACAUUUGGGCCAUGCUGCCAAACCCGAAAAACGACCUAAAGGACGACGAGGACGAAGAGACAUCUUCGCCUGCCGCCCUAAAACGAGGAGGCAAUUGGGAGAUGCAUGGCAUUCCGCCAACGCCCAGGACAGGCACGCUCCCGUAUACGCCACGAACGAUGGCUUUUAACACGCUCGAAAGUAAACUUCCGCUGCGGCGUCAGUAUUCAUAAGAACCACGUUCCGGUUCUAGGGGAAGGAAGGUUCAAAGAGACGGGCAUAGAUUCAACCGUGCGCUGAAUAAGUGGUGGACUUCUCAUCUCGCUCUGGAAGCGGAUGUUAUUAGAAGAUACCCAUACGACUUCCGUCGAUAAUUUGAAGCGGGGAGGCGUAUUCAAGGCUUGCCCUAUAAGAAAUUAAUUCGAAGAUAUGUUUGGGGUGAGAUGAUGUAGAUUUACGAGGUUGGGGCGCAAGGAAUUACUACUUGCGAGGCGGAAUGAUACCAUGUGAAGGGAAGAAAAGGGAGGCUAUAUACCCCCUUUUCCCCGGCAGUGUACAAUACACGAUCCUACGCGAUCUAUCUCUUGCACUUUCUCCUAUCGAUGCCAAGAGCCUUUCUAGUGUGAAAAUUCGACGAUCAUCGUAAACGCGUCGUGUGCCUCCUCUGACCUCAUCCAUAGGCGGUUGCAGUGUUACUACCUUGUGCUGUUACAUACCCCGGUGGGAGGUAGUAGUACUUUGAAGUAGACUUGGAGAUGGACGUAUGUAUACUCCUCGUAUGGGUUUAGCAUGUGAGUAUUGGGGGUAAAAUAUGCGAC